AUGGGUGACCAUAUUUCAUUGGAUGACCAUCAUAUUUCAACCGCUUUCCGGCCUUCGGAAGACGGAUCGGCCCCAGCCCCGAAACGACGGAAACUCCGGAAGGGGACACAGUCAUGCUGGGAGUGCAAGCGCCGCAAAGCAAAGUGCAUAUACUCUGAUCACCUUGGCAUCUGCGAUUCUUGCAAGAGGCGUGGCACGGAUUGCCUUAGUCAGGAUGUCCAACAAAGCCCGCCUCCACUGGGGAGUAACAAGCAUGUGGUGGAUCGCCUUGGGGAAGUCGAAGCCUUAGUACAGCACUUACUAAAGGUUUCCCGAGAUGGGACAAGGUCACAUGAUGCCCUUGAUUCUAUAGAGAGCUUAGGCUCAACACAGCAAAGCCGUCAUGAUGAAGGAAGAACUUCUGGUUCACCUACAACCACCACUCAGAUCAAUAUCGAUAUCGGUAACCAAGAUUUAUCUGCGGAAGGCAUUCCAAAUGUCUCACUGGAAUCAGAUGGAUCACCGUCGCUUCCAUCAGACGAUGAACACCAUGUUCUGUACGACGAGCUUGUUGCCGCUUGGCCCAACCCGAAUGACAUGAAAAUCAUCCUAGACCUUCCAGUUGAGCCAUCGCAAAUUAUUCGCGCACUCACCUGUGCACCGUCAAAGAAUCAACCCUCAUGUCUCCCCUCUCCAACCAGCCUUCUUCGCUUACCACCACGCGGAUCACAUCCCGUCCUCGUGGCCCGAAAGAUGCUCAUCUUGGCUACUUAUCUUCAAGGUGUGCCGAUAGCAUCAGAAAAACACCUUGAAAAGCUCAGCCUCAACUGGGAGACAAUAAUGGAUCGUUUGGUCAAAGUUGCACAUGACAAGGUCACCUGCAAUGAUGACCUGGUAUCCUCGCUUGAAGGUGUAGAGUGUAUAAUGCUCCAGGGUCUGUACACGAACUAUAAGGGAGAUCUACGCAGAUCUUGGUUUGCGGCUCGCCGGGCAGUCACGAUUGCCCAGGUGAUGGGCUUGAACAAGGGAAUCGUCCCAUUCUCUUUCCGAGGCGUUGCAGUUAAUGUCAACGACUUGUGGUUUCGCCUCAUCAACUUUGACAGGUAUCUGUGUAUGAUGCUUGGCCUUCCACAAAGCUCGCCAGAUGAACCAAUUCCUCUCGUGGAAGAACUUGAAUCGUACGCACCUAAUCGGAAGUUGCAGAAUCUCUGCUCUGUCGCCUGUGGAAAGCUCCUGAAUAGGAAACCAUCAGAGAUCUAUGACCAGAACAUUACUAAAGAGAUCGAUAAGAUUCUCCGAGAUGCUUGUACGUCUAUGCCGGCGCAAUGGUGGAUCAUGCCCACUCUUGCAUCACAUCUAGAACUUGCCGACAGGAUCCAGGAAACGCUUCGCUUCAAUGACCAUUUUAUGCAAUAUCAUCUUGUGCUCCAACUACACAUGCCUUACCUACUGAAAGUUGGUAGUAAAGAGUAUUGCGGCUAUCACAAGCUUACUGCCAUAACAGCAAGUCGAGAAAUCUUGACGCGCUUCAUUUCGGUCCGCAUGAUACCUCAAACAAGGACGUAUUGCCGAGGCACUGACCUAAUCGCUUUCAUGGCAUCUACCGCAUUGGCGCUUGGUCACAUACUUUGUGAUCAUCGCAAUAAAAGGAUCGAAGAUAACGGAUACCAUUUUAUUGUUCAACAGCGAUUAAGCGAUCGAGGUCUGCUAGAGCAGGUGCUAUCUAUAGCAGAGAACAGAAUGAAGGAUUCUGAUGACGAUAUUUACAAACGGCUGGCAACACUUCUUCACUACCUUCUUGCUAUGGAGGACAACGUCGCAGCUGGUGUCCGGUACAGUGUCUCAUUCGCAGAGGGUGCCAUGCAAGAUGGGAGCUUAGGGCAUCAUGUCAAAGCCAAUACCGACGGCACCGAGUUAGAGAUUCAUCUUCCCCAUUAUCCUGUGAUAAGAAUCUUGCGUCGCGAUCCAGAAGGAAAGGAACCGUUGCCGGCCAUGCUAGAACUCCCUUGGGGGAGUGUACCGGUGAACAAUAGCGGUACCAGAAGCGCAGAUGAUAGUGUGACAGGGACUUCUUCUGAUAUUGAAAUUGCUGAAUCAUUGCUGUUCACUGAAGGUCAUAGUUCCGAAGGCGGUGCAGGUCAUGGUGAAGGUCCACACAUUCUUUCAGAUAGUUCAGUUCCAGAUACGUGGACGUUGGAGGGUAUUGAUAUGAGCUUUUUGGAUGCUUUCACAGAUGGGCCUGCUGUAAUUUGA